AGAAAAGCGCCUCGACCGUCCCAGGCCACGACGCUCAUCACCUGUACCACCUGUCCUCCGAUACCUCGACCCGACUUGCCUCCCUUCUCUACAUCUAUUAAUGCAUUCGCUUAAUCAAUAAUGGGUCGACGAUGAAUGCCGCAGGAAGACUCCGGUCAAAGCACUGCGAAAGCUCGACAAGAGAAGCAGUGGCCGUGGAAGAGUCGUGGAAAAGAUGAGGUGGCCUUCGCUUCUGGCGACGGCGUUGCUGCUCUCCUCCGCAUCCUCCUCACAUCUCAUCAAAAGAGACUACGAUUCCCACGACUACUACGCCGUCCACCUGUCCCCCGACAUUCCUCCCCACCAAGUCGCCGAGUCCCUAGGCCUUCACUACGAUGGCCCGCUGGGCGAGUUACGAGACCAUCACAUCUUCCGCGCCUCCGACAGACACGAUCAUGAUCACGUCAAGGCCGCAAAAGCAGACUUGAAGUGGCGUCGGCGGCGGAGGGAGAGCGGCGCGGAGCAGGCACACAUUCUUGAUCACGUGCUGUUCAGUCAAAAGCAAGAGUUGCACAAGAGAUUUCCCCUCGUGAGGAGAGACGCCCGGUUGUUCCCUCGACAGGGAGAGUAUGAAAAUGAAGACCUCAUCAAGCAAGGUCUGAACAUUGCGCGAGACCUCGCCAUCGAAGACCCCAUCUUCCAGGAACAGUGGCACCUCUUCAACCACGUUGAGGAAGGCCAUCACCUCAAUGUGACAGGCGUGUGGCAGCAAGGCAUCACGGGGAAGGGCAGUGCGGUGUGUAUUGUGGACGAUGGUCUCGAUAUGGACUCCCUCGACCUCAAGGACAACUAUUUUGCAAAGGGCUCCUGGGACUUCAACGACGUCGGCCCGGACCCCAAGCCUCGCCUUAGCGAUGACAGACAUGGCACUCGCUGUGCAGGCGAGGUGGCGGCGGUGCGGAACGAUGUGUGCGGUGUGGGCGUGGCGUACGAUGGCAAAAUCUCCGGCGUGCGCAUCUUGAGCAAAGUAAUUUCCAACGCCGACGAGGCCACUGCGAUGAACUACGCUUUCCAGGACAACCAUAUCUAUUCUUGCUCUUGGGGCCCGCCGGAUGACGGCAAGAGCAUGGAGGCGCCGGAUGUACUGAUCCAGCGUGCCAUGCUCAAUGGCGUGCAAAACGGCCGUGGCGGGCUGGGCAGUAUCUACGUCUUCGCCAUCGGCAACGGAGCAGCCAAGGAUGACAAUUGCAACUUCGACGGCUAUACAAACUCCAUCUACUCCGUUUCCGUGGGCGGCAUCGAUCGCAAAGGCUUGCAUCCUUACUAUUCCGAGGCAUGCUCCGCCCAGCUGGUCGUCACGUACUCCUCCGGGUCCAACGAUGCAAUUCACACCACAGACGUCGGCCUGAACCAAUGCUACAAUGGUCACGGCGGCACUAGUGCUGCAGGGCCUUUGGUAGCCGGCAUAUACGCUCUCGCUCUCCAAGCCAAUCCCAAGCUAACAUGGAGGGACAUCCAACACAUCACCCUGCAGACGGCAGUCAAGAUCGACCAGCCCAGUGACUGGACGAUGAAUCGCGCAGUUGGCAAAGAAUUCUCCCACCAAUUUGGCUACGGGAAGGCGGAUGCGUGGGCCCUCGUCGAGCUCGCAAAAACGUGGAAACCGGUGAAGCCGCAGGCUUGGUACUUUGGACCAUGGCUACACGUCAAGCACGCCAUCCCCGAAGGCGAGAAAGGUCUCACUUCCUCUUUCACUGUCACGAGGAAUAUGCUUCGUCAGGCGAACUUGGAACGCUUGGAACACGUGACGGUCACGAUGAAUGUGCAGCACACCAGACGUGGUGACCUCAGCGUGGAUCUCAUCAGCCCGAGUGGAAUGGUGAGCUAUCUCGCCACGCACCGGAGAAAUGACGAAGCCAGGGCUGGUUACAACGACUGGACCUUCAUGAGUGUCGCGCAUUGGGGGGAGAGCGGUGUGGGCGAGUGGACAGUGGUGGUCAAGGACACGAACAACAACGGGCACAACGGCACUUUCACCGAUUGGAGAAUCAAAUUCUACGGCGAGGCCAUCGACGCCUCCAAGCAAGGAUUACUGCCUAUGCCUGGGCGGCACGACGACGACAACCACGACGUCGUCGAGACGCAAACCGCCACCGUCGGAACGACCACCGUGUCCGCACCGACCGUUACAGGCGAACCGCCCGGCAACCCAGACGACCACCAACACCGCCCAGUAAACUCCAAACCAACCAUCACAACAACCUCAGUCCCCGCCACUCCCACUCCCACCUUCCCCCCGACAGCCGACGAGAACGCGGACGAACCAACCCCCACCUCCAACCCCGCCUUCCUGCCCCGCCCCUUUCCAACGUUUGGUGUCAGCAAGCGAACCCAAGUCUGGAUCUACGGCGCCAUCACCCUCAUCCUCAUCUUCCUGGCAGCCCUUGGCGGCUGGGCGUUGUAUGUGCGCCGCAAGCGGAAGCGCAGAUGGGACGACUACGCGUUCGAAAUGGUAGAUCACGAGGACGACGACGAUGGUGACGACGAUGGCGAUGCGCCGUCGCGGCCUGAGGCGCGGGCGGGAGAGUUGUAUGAUGCUUUUGCGGAGGGGAGUGAUGACGAGGAGAUGUUUGGACUUGGGAGCGAGGAUGAGGAGGAGAGUGAGGGGGAGGCAGGACGGUAUCGAGACGUUGAUCCUGGACGUGAGGGCUUGGAUGUGGGAUGAACGUGUUUGCAAGAUUCUUGCAUUGCUGUCCUGGAGUUUCCUUUGAUCGCGCGAAUAGAGAUGUACAGAGAUCGGUUGGAGAUGCAGACGUCACGCCCGCUCCACCUUCACAGCCUCGAUGGGCGUAACGGAAGAUCCCUACAUGCCACUGCAUACAGCACACCCUUUUACUGCAUUGAGAACGGAACGAGCGGUAUCUGCCGCUCCCAUGCCCCCGUGAGAGAGAGAUUGAACCACCC